AUGGGAGUUAAGCCUCGCACCGACCGUCCCGUCGCCAUUAUCGGCGGCGGAGUCCUGGGCCGGCGCAUUGGCUGCGUCUUCGUGGCAGCUGGUUACAACGUUCAUGUCCGAGAUCCAUCUAUGGAAGCGCUGCAGGGUGUCGUCGACUACAUCGACGCCAACAAGCAGGAGUACUCGCUCAUGCCGCGAGUCAGCAAGGACAAGGGAUUCGCUGGAAACGGUGACGACGUGCGGGAUGAGAAAAAAGCUCUUGACGGUGGACUGGCCGACACGGGAUUUUCGACUGUCGACUUUGAGUCUUAUACCCAGGCUCCCUUUGGGAAUUACAAGACUUUUACUGAAGUUGGGCCUGCGGUUAGCAAUGCUUGGCUUGUUAUCGAGGCUAUUCCUGAGAAGCUGGAUCUCAAGGUUGAGACCUUCCGUGAGCUGGAUGAGAGAUGUCCGGCGGAUUGUAUUAUUGGGUCCAAUAGCUCUUCUUUCAAGUCGAGUUUGAUGGCGAGUAAGAUCUCGACUGAGCGGAAGAGAAGGUUCCUCAAUAUGCAUUUUACCAUGCCGCCCAUGAUUCGGACUGUGGAGAUGAUGACUUGUGGAGAGACGGAUCCCAAGAUCUUUUCCUAUCUCGAGGAUGUCAUGGGCGAGUGUGGACUGUUACCAGUGACUGCACGACGAGAAUCGACAGGAUUCAUCUUCAACCGCCUCUGGGCAGCCGUGAAACGCGAGAUCAUGAACAUCCUCUCCGACGGCGUCAGCGACCCCAGCGAAAUCGAUCUCCUCUGGGAACACAUGUUCAAAAACGGCCCGCUCCCCUGCCAACUAAUGGACCAAGUCGGCCUCGACACCGUAGCCUACAUCGAAGACAACUACGUCCAAGAACGCGGCCUCGAUCCCAAAAAGACCGUCGACUGGCUCCGCGAACACUACAUCAAACACGGCCGUCUCGGAAAAAAGAGUCCAAAGGGCGGACUCUACCCUCCCCUCGUGAAAUCCGCCACCGCAGAAGCCCAACCCGCAAACCCCCACACCGCAGCAAAAGAUAUCUACCUGCUAGACGUGGGCCUGGGCGGAAACGCGCGCGACGUCUCGAAAGUGCACGCGAACGGAAAAAUCCUCCGUCUAAACCUCGCAACGCAAAAGCUAACCCCAAUCGUCGUCGGCCAGAAUCUCCCAGACGGGAUAGACGUCUCUCUCGAAACGCAGCGCAUCUUCUGGACGAAUAUGGGCCGCAGCACGGCCGCCUGCGACGGGUCCGUUUGGAUGGCCAACAUGGACGGAAGCCAGAUCCGGUGUCUGAUCCCGAAGGGCAAAGUGCACACGCCCAAACAAAUCGCCGUCAUCGACUCGCGCAAGAAAGUCUAUUUCUGCGAUCGAGAGGGCACCAGCGUGCACCGGGUCGACUACGACGGUAGCAACCACGAGAUCAUUGUCCAGCGCUGCGUCACUGCAGACAUGAAGCUCAGCGAGCAGAUGCGCAUGUGGUGCGUCGGCAUUGCGAUCGACGACGAGCACGACCUCAUGUACUGGACGCAGAAGGGUCCUAGCAAAGGGGGCUGCGGCCGGAUUUUCCGCGCGGGCCUGGACAUUCCGCCCGGGGAGACUGCGCAGAAUCGGACUGAUAUCGAGUGCUUGUUUGAUUGUUUGCCGGAGCCGAUUGAUAUUGAGAUUGAUAGUGAUACGCAGACUUUGUAUUGGACGGAUCGUGGGGAGCAUCCGAUGGGGUGUUCGUUGUCGAGGGCUUAUGUUGGUGGGGAGAAGGUUGAUAUGCAUAAGGUUAUUUUGGCGAGGCAUUUCCAUGAGCCGAUUGGGUUGAAGCUGGAUCGGGGGAAUAAUAUUGUUUAUGUGGCUGAUUUGGGGGGCAGUUUGUAUUCUGUUGGGUUGGAUGAUGGGAUGAAGGUUGAGUUGGUGAGGAAUGAUGGGUGUUAUACGGGAAUUACUUUGGUUUAG